AUGUCAUUCGUACUCAGUUCCGGUGCCAAAAUUCCUCACAUUGGUUUUGGUGUAUACCUUGCUGCUCCAGGCGAGACCAGCAAGAUUGUUCAGAUUGCUUUGAGCAGUGGUUAUAGACAUGUUGACAGUGCCAGCUUCUAUAAGAACGAGAAGGAGGCUGCUGAUGGAAUUGCCGCUUUUUUGAAGACCAACCCCUCGGUGAAGCGUAGUGAUGUAUUUUAUACGACCAAGGUUUGGUUAGACGACUUCGGAUAUGAGAAGACGAAAGCUGCUAUCAAGAAGUCGUUGCAGAAUGCAGCUAGCAUCGAAUACAUUGAUCUCAUUCUUCUUCAUGCUCCUCAAGGUCCUUCUCAAUUGAGACUAGGCUCGUACAAGGCUUUGCAGGAGGCCGUUGUCGAGGGAAGUGUUAAGAACAUUGGUGUUUCUAACUAUGGCGUUCACCAUCUUAAAGAAUUGCUUUCCUGGCCCGAGCUCAAGAUCAAGCCUGCUGUCAAUCAAGUUGAGGUCAACCCCUGGCUCCAACGUCAAGACAUUGCUGCUUUCUGUAAGGAACACGGUAUUCUUGUUGAAGCCUAUUCUCCUCUGAUGAGAGGCAAUAGACUCGACGAUCCCGAGCUGGUCGCUUUGGCUAAUAAGUAUGGUAAGUCUGUUGCCCAGAUCCUUGUCAAGUGGAACCUCCAGAAGGGAUUUUUGCCUUUGCCCAAGUCUGCUACUGAGUCGAGAAUCAAGAGCAAUAUCGAGGUCGACGAUUUCGAACUUUCCAAGGAAGAUCUCGACAACCUCGGAAGCGCUUCCGACAAAUUUGUCACUGCUCCUGGCUGGGAUCCUACCACCUGGGAGUAA